UUCUUGUGUCAACUUUGUGUCAACUUUGUGUCGUCGUUCUCCGGAGACUGUUUUAAGUGCGCAUUGAUAUUUGUAGCAGUUCAAGCCUGUGUGGCUCGUGUUUGUAGCCCGUGGACAUGGAGUGCCGCGUGCUGUCCAUUCAGAGUCACGUUGUCAGGGGUUACGUGGGGAACAAGUCCGCUGCCUUCCCGCUGCAGGUGUUGGGAUUUGAGGUUGACUCAAUUAACUCCGUUCAGUUCUCCAAUCACACAGGUUACGCCCACUGGAAGGGACAAGUUCUGACAGCAGAGGAGCUGAAUGUGCUGUAUGAUGGCAUCAAGCUCAAUGAGGUGAACCACUAUGACUACAUCCUCACAGGGUACAGCAGGGACACGUCUUUCUUGGAGACAGUGGUUGACAUCAUUCUGGAGCUGAAGAAGGCAAAUCAGAGCCUGGUGUAUGUUUGCGAUCCUGUUAUGGGAGACCAGGGUGUUAUGUAUGUGCCUGAGAACCUGCUGCCAGUCUACAGGGAUAAAGUUGUACCACUGGCUGAUAUCAUCACUCCCAACCAGUUUGAAGCAGAACUGUUAACUGGAAGGAAAAUCGAAACAGAGCAGGAUGCUGUUGAGGUGAUGGAUUUGCUUCACCAAAUGGGUCCAGAGACUGUGGUCCUCACAAACACAGACGUGCCGUCCGCAGAAGGCGACAAUUUCCUGGUGGCUUUUGGGAGCCAAACAAUAAUGAAACCAGAUGGGAAGAAAACAAGUCAGAAAAUCAGAAUGGACAUUCCAAGAGUCGAUGCCGUGUUCGUGGGGACGGGAGACUUGUUCGCUGCCAUGUUGCUUGCCUGGACUCAACUGCACCCUAACGAUUUGAAGACUGCCUGUGAAAAAACGGUUUCAGUCAUUCAGCAUGUCAUUAAGAGGACCAUGACCUAUGCCAAUAAGGUGGCCGGCCCUGGGAACGUACCCAGUCCCGCACAGCUGGAGCUGAGGAUGGUUCAGAGCAAAGCUGACAUUGAAAAUCCUGUGAUUAUAGUGAAGGCUAAAAUUUUACAGAAGCCUUCAAACUGAAGACAUUUGCAUGACAGUGAACUUACACAUUGUGCUGGUACAAGAUGGCUUGAACUCUGUUAAUCUGAUGGCUUGAAAGUAUUUGGGAUUUCCACUUUGAAGACUGUCACAUGUCUCUGCCUUAACUUCUGAGUGAGUGCAACAACUUUUUUUUUCUUCUUUUUGUAAUGAGGGAGCUCAGUAGGAGUUGUUCUGUGUAGUAUGUUCUACACUGCCACGUGUCUGUGAAAAUGCCUGUCAAAUACAUCCAUUUAGAAAAAACAUUUCCCAUUAUAAGAAUUUUUCUGUAAAAACAUUCUCUGUUCAGCUCAAUGGAAAGUGUCCCAGACCAGUCUGACCCGGCCUCAGCUGUCAUGUAGGAGUGGUAGUAUGUUUUCUUUAGUUAAUGCUGAACUUCAGAUCUAAUGUUCAGAAGACAUCCAUCCAUUUUCAAUACCCGUUUAGUCCACUUAAGGGUCACGGUGGGGUUGGAGCCUGUCCCAGCAG